AUGGUCACUCCAAAGUACAGACGAGGCUUAAAUGGAUUAUGCCAGAACUCUUUUGUCUACCCUCCACGAGAUAACGAUGACAUCACCGACGAGCCGUGUAAUUUGACAGAACGUUGGAACAAUAUUUUCUCGGAGUAUUCCUACAGCUUUUAUUGGUCCACUCUCAUCCUCACAACCAUCGGUGAAACGCCAAAGCCUGUUCGAGAUGGUGAAUACAUUUUUAUCACGAUCGACUUUCUGGCUGGUGUUCUGAUUUUUGCCACUGUUGUGGGUAAUGUAGGCGCUAUGAUUGCCAACAUGAACGCAGCCAAAACGGAAUUUCAGUCACAAAUGGAUUCUGUAAAACGAUACAUGGAGUAUCGCAAAGUGAGCAAAGAUUUGGAGCAGCGCGUCAUUCAAUGGUUUGACUACCUGUGGUCGAAUAAACAAUCAUUGGAGGAGGAGAACGUGCUCGGUAUACUGCCGGACAAAUUGAAAGCCGAGAUAGCCAUUCAUGUUCAUUACGACACACUAAAACGGGUCAAGAUAUUUCAGGCUAUCUUACUUGUGUCUCUGUUCUUCUCUACCCCACAGGAUUGUGAUCCCGGUCUGUUGGUUGAACUGGUUUUGAAGCUGAAACUCCAGGUCUUCUCGCCUGGAGACUACAUUUGUCGUAAAGGCGAUAUAGGGAAAGAAAUGUAUAUUGUAAAAAGGGGCAAAAUCAGCGUUGUUGGAGACGAUGGAAAGACUGUUUUUGUCACCCUUGGUGAAGGCAGCGUGUUCGGCGAAAUUUCCAUUCUCAACAUUGCCGGUAAGCUCAUAGUUCAGUCCAUUUGGCAUUCUAUUCUAUUCUUUUUCCACCUUAUAGGUAACAAAACGGGGAACCGAAGAACAGCUAAUGUGCGGUCUGUCGGUUACUCGGACCUUUUCGUUCUAAGCAAAGAUGAUCUUUGGGAGGCACUCACAGAAUACCCUGAGGCAAAGGAUACCCUUAUGCAAGUGGGCCAGGAAAUGCUGCGUAAAGACAAUUUGCUAGAUGAGGAGGCCCUAAAAGCUGCAGAGGAGACUAGGGAAUCGAUUGAAGACAAGGUGCAAAGACUUGAAGCAACCUUAAACACAUUGAGCACCAAAUUUGCUCGUCUAUUAGGCGAAUAUGGUUCGAGCCAGGCCAAAGUCAAACGUCGUCUCACAAGACUGGAAAGACUGGGAGAGAGUCUUGAGCUCGGUGACUCUACAACGCAUAGUGUCAGCAUUAAGGGCCCUCCAGUCUUGGAAGUGUCAAAAGUUACUUCAGAAUGA